UGUAGAAAUAAGAUUGAUGUGGAGGAAACAUCUCAGCAGUUCUGGUUUCUAGAGAAAACAGGAGAGUACAUGAGAGUGAUGUGGACUUCGAACUACUAAAGUGGCUGUUAUAAAACAUACCACAUGUGUUUUCAUAUCAGUGAAGUUCUGAGGAAUGGGGUGUGGGAAUUUGCAGCAUAAAUUGGCUUAUAUGGCUUUUCGCAGACUUUUAGGUCUUUGUAAUAGGUAAGAAAUAGCAAGACCUGAUUUCAGGGAACACUGAGAAUUUCUUAUGUCUGAAAGACUCUUCACGACUUAGAAAAAAAUGACAGAAACUUGGAAUUAAGAAAAUGCUUGCAAUCAGUGGAAUGUGUACCUGUAGCUGUGAUGCAGUAUGUCCAAUGCAUCUGUAUGUGCUGGGAUACUUGCCUUUCACGUUCCUUAUGGAGUUCAGAUUCAUAUGAAGAGUGGGCAUGACAAUAGUUACUGAUACAUCCUAUUAAAAGAUUUAUUUUCCUAAUUUAUAAACAUUGAUGAUACUAGCAAAUUGAGCCAAAAGCUUCUAUGCUGACUCAGGAUGACUUAAUUGAGAAAAUUUAAUUGACAGUAGUGUAAUACCUUAAAAAAAAAGUGUAGCCAGGUAAAGAAUUAACAUGAUGUUCAACAUCUGCUAAAAUUUCUAGAAGUCCAUCUGUUAUUAGAAGCUGUAAUACUUUCUUAAGGCCUACCAUGUGGGAAAUGCAAUAUAAAAGUCUAUAGACAAAAUAGAAGAAGUACAAGAAGCAGAAAACCAUGUUGGCAGGGGGCUGGAAACAGUUUUAUUAUCGUCUCUGUCUUUGAAAUAAUAGUUUAUGAAACCACUGCCAAGUUUGACAGCCAGUAUUUCUAAAGGUCCUGAGGCAUGCCCAAGGACCAAGCAGACUCUGUUUUUUGACCUGCUGCUGAGACUGUGUGUAUGAGCUAUCUUCUCCCUGGUGCUCACAGAGGCUCUGCUCAAGCUCCUGCAAACAGAGCAACGUGAUCUGAAGGCAAGACUCUCCUGCAGGGAGGAGGAGGAGGGAGAACUAAGCACAACAGAGAAAGAUAAGAAUUGGCUGAGCAGGAAAAUUAGAAAUUGAGGUCAGAAAAUGGAAGAAAGAUCUAGAAAGUGCAAGUGGGUAGAAAAUAUAGAUAACAUCCAGAAUUGGAUGGACAUUUGAGCUCACAGUCAAUGCAGUGGCCAGAAACCAACAAAAUAAAAGAAACAGUAGUCAAGAAGCAGAUGAGAGAGCAGAUCUGAGAAACCAAAGAACUGGAGCCUGGGAUUUAUUAUAGGAAUAGGGUAAGUUUGAGAUUAAGAGGAAAUGGAGAUUGACUGAAAAGUAAGGUUUGAGAAACAAGUUGAAGAAAACAAAGACUGGAAACCAAUUCAGGAUAAAGAAGAAUGCUGUAUGCCUGUUUUAUUAGUUUACACUGGGUGCAACCAGAUAUAAUUAUUGUAGGGGCUUUGUUUGGUUUGAUGGCUAUGGUCCUUGGGGCACUGAAGGGCUCCAGUCCUGCAGGGGAGAGUGGUAACUGCUGAGGGGCUGUUGAAGUUCCUUCUUUAAGUUUUGUCAGUGUGGAAAAAGUGAUACAGAAGGUAUGUGAGGAUGACUAGGAAGAUUAAGAACGUAAGUGUUCAAAAAUUUAUCCAAAUUUCAUCACUUUGUGAAGAUUUUAAUUAAUAACCCUUGUCACAGACUAUUUUCUUAUUCAUUGGUUGUAUUCACUGUCAUGAGCUGUAAUACUGCUGCUGUUCCUUUAUUACCUUAUUUUUUUCAAUAAUGUCUUGAUUAUCUGUGAUUAAAGUAUUCAUAUUUUAUAAUUCAAUAGAAUUGCUGCUUUCCUCUUGGACCUUCUUGUUGCUUUUAUCGUAACUUAUACUAUGAAUUUACUUUUACAGCAUCUUGAAAAAUGACUGAGGCAUUAGGAGGGGGGCUGAGAUGGAGGCAAACCAGAGUCAAAAAGCAUAUGCUGGGUUCGAGGUGCCUGUGAUCCGGUCUCCCGAUUUGACAAAGAAUUUGGCAGGGUGGAAGAAGAGUGCAUCUGGGCUCGGGCGGGGAAGCGUGUGAGCAGCGAUCUGCUCGGCCCGGCUGUCGAGGCUCCCCGGGCGGACGGCAAGCAGGGCAGAGCGGGUGCUCGCACGCCCCGCACAGCAAAGCGUGGCCGUGGAGGCAGCGUGCACCUGCCGGGACUGGGGACACAUAGCACCUGCCGGGACUGGGGACACAUAGCGCCUGCCGGGACUGGGGACACAUAGCACCUGCCGGGACUGGGGACACAUAGCGCCUGCCGGGACUGGGGACACAUAGCGCCUGCCGGGACUGGGGACACAUAGCACCUGCCGUGACUGGGGACACAUAGCGCCUGUCUCGCCCAGAAGGCAGGGGUGAAGGACGGCGCCCCGCCCGCCCCGCGCUGCCGCCGCGGGACAAGGAUCGCGGGCAUGGCGGCGUGGCGGGAGCUGCUGCUGUCGCCACUGGGCUCCGUGUGGCGCUGCUGGGGACGCGGCUGGCAGCCCCCGCACCGCGAGCGCGUGGACCCGCAGCCCCCCAAAUCUUGGAUUGAAGAGGUCUUCAGUAAAAGACAAUGUGCCCACAUUAUUCCCAGCUCAAAAGAACCACACAGAUGUCCUGCAGGAUGGCAGGUGUGCCAGAAUUUAAUCAGGUGCUGCUGUGGACGGCUGAUUGGAGAACACCCAGGAAUAGAAUGCAGCUGGCCUGUUUAUCAGGCUGGCUCACAGAAUGAUGGUGGAGAAUGGUCUGUGCAAAAACAUACAAAGAUGAGUCCAACAGAUGCAUUUGGUACAAUCAAUUUUCAAGAUGGAGACCACACGUACCAUGCCAAGUAUAUUAGACUUUCUUAUGACAGCAAUUUGGAUCAGCUUUUGCACCUGAUGGUUAAAGAAUGGCAGAUGGAAUUGCCAAAGCUAGUGAUCUCUGUUCAUGGAGGCAUUAAAAAUUUCAAGCUUCCCUCAAAGGUCAAGCAGGUUUUCAGCAAAGGGCUGGUGAAAGCAGCUGAGUCUACCGGAGCAUGGAUAAUUACAGAAGGCAUCAACAGCGGAGUGUCCCGGCAUGUGGGGGAUGCACUCAAAGGCCGUGCUUCACCACAUCUGAGAAAGAUCUGUGCUAUUGGGAUUCCUCCAUGGGGUAUCAUUGAGAAUCAGAGGGAUCUCAUUGGAAAAGAUGUAGUUUGCCUGUACCAGACUCUUGGUAACCCACUCAGCAAGCUGAGUGCGCUCAACAGCAUGCAUUCUCAUUUUCUAAUGGCAGAUGAUGGGACAGUAGGCAAGUAUGGGAAUGAAAUGAUUCUCAGGAGGAAUUUGGAGAAGUACAUAUCACUUCAAAAAAUACACACAAGAAUGGGCCAAGGUGUUCCCAUAGUUGGGCUGGUGCUGGAAGGAGGCCCCAGUGUGAUCCUGACAGUGUGGGAGUACGUGAGGGCCAGCCCAGUUGUGCCAGUGGUGGUCUACGAGGGCACUGGCAGAGCUGCGGAUAUCCUGGCGUUUGUCCACAAGCACACGGGUGACACGGGGGAUCUGUGCCCUCAGGUGAAGGAGGAGAUCUUAAUGAUGAUUCAGAACAUAUUUAGGUUGGAACAGAAAGAGUCCACUCGUCUAUUUCAUGUUUUGAUGGAAUGCAUGAAACACAGAGAGUCUAUAACAGUAUUUGAUGCUGAGUCAGAAGAUGAGCAGGACAUUGAUUUGACAAUUCUGACGGCACUCUUGAAAGGUACAAAUAUGUCUGCUUCACAUCAGCUAGAUUUGGCAUUGGCCUGGAACCAGCUAGAUAUUGCCAAGAAACACAUACUUGUUUAUGGACAACACUGGAAGGUUGGUGCCUUGGAACAGGCAAUGCUGGAUGCUUUAGUCAUGGAUCGUGUGGAUUUUGUUAAACUGUUAAUAGAACACGGAGUGAACAUGCACCGUUUUCUUACCAUAUCUCGUUUGGAAGAACUCUACAAUACAAAACAAGGACCAUCAAAUCUGCUUUUACACCAUCUAGUUCGAGAUGUGAAACAGAAUAGCCUUUCUUUGGAUUACAAGAUAUCACUGAUUGACAUUGGACUGGUGAUAGAAUAUCUCCUUGGUGAAGCUUAUCAGAGCAGCUACACAAGGAAGCAUUUCCGAAUUCUCUACAAUGAUCUCUACAGAAAACACAAGAGAGUGGUUUCCAGCUUGCCUCAAAGCCUGUCUCAUGCCUUUCAUCAGAGUAAUCAGAUGGAUAGUGGAAUGGGAUCCACAGAAAGUACUUUGCAUUCUCAGUUCUUCAGAACUGCACAGCCUUACAAAUACAAGGAAAGAUCCAGCCCUUUCCCAAAGUAUAAAAAGAAAUCAAAAGAGGAUAUAAACUACGCAGAGAAUUAUGAGUCAACUGGUUUCAUCUAUCCCUAUAAUGACCUCCUGGUUUGGGCAGUAUUAAUGAAAAGACAGAAGAUGGCUAUGUUCUUCUGGCAGCAUGGAGAGGAAGCCAUGGUCAAAGCUGUUGUUGCUUGUAAACUCUACAGAGCAAUGGCACAUGAAGCUAAACAGAGCAACAUGGUGGAUGACACUUCAGAAGAACUCAAGAAGUAUUCAAAGGAAUUUGGACAGCUUGCCUUAGAUGUGCUGGACAAAGCAUUCAAACAAAAUGAGCAGAUGGCCAUGAAGUUGCUGACCUAUGAACUGAAAAACUGGAGCAACUCAACAUGCUUGAAGCUGGCUGUGUCUGUGGGGCUGCGGCCUUUUGUGUCCCACACGUGCACACAGAUGCUGCUGACCGAUAUGUGGAUGGGAUGCCUGAAGAUGCGGAAGAACUCCUGGUUUAAGGUCAUUAUGAGUAUUCUCCUGCCUCCCACAAUCCUGAUGCUGGAGUUUAAAAGCAAGGCAGAAAUGUCUCAUGUGCCUCAGUCCCAAGACUUCCACCAGUUAUGGUAUCACGGGGAACAGAGCCCAGUCAGCUCUAAAGAUACUUUGAAGGGUGAUGAUGUAGAAAAGGCUGUUCCGAAGUCUGAUGAAAGCCAAGGAGAUGGUGGACAAGGAAACCUGCCUGGAACUAGAAAAAUCUAUGAGUUCUACAAUGCACCAAUUGUCAAGUUCUGGUUUCACACGAUGUCGUACUUGGCAUUCCUCAUGCUCUUUACUUAUACUGUGUUGGUGAAGAUGGAACCAAGACCAAGUGUGCAAGAGUGGCUUGUUAUCAUUUAUAUUUUCACUACUGCUGUUGAAAAAGUCAGGGAGGUAUUUAUCUCAGAACCUGGAAAAUUCUGCCAAAAAGUGAAGGUGUGGAUUUAUGAAUACUGGAAUUUUACUGAUUCUGUAGCUAUCAUCCUGUUUAUGAUUGGUUUUGGUUUGCGGUGGUCCAACCCCCCUGUUCAAACUGCAGGGAGGCUGCUUUACUGCUUGGAUAUCAUAUUUUGGUAUACUCGGCUCCUUGAUCUUUUUGCUGUGAAUCAGCAUGCUGGCCCAUACCUGACAAUGAUUGGGAAAAUGACAGGAAACAUGUUCUAUAUUGUAAUCAUGAUGGCCAUAGUCCUGCUGAGUUUUGGGGUGUCACGAAAGGCGAUUCUUUCGCCAGAGGAGCCUCCUUCUUGGACACUGGCGCGGGAUAUUGUAUUUCAGCCCUACUGGAUGAUGUUUGGUGAGGUCUAUGCUGGAGAAAUAGAUGUUUGUGAAGCCAAUGAAGACUGUCCUCCUGGCUCCUUUCUCACACCGUUUCUGCAAGCUGUCUACCUCUUUGUGCAGUACAUCAUCAUGGUCAACUUGCUCAUUGCAUUCUUUAAUAAUGUUUAUUUUGAUUUGAAAUCCAUAUCGAACAAGCUCUGGAAGUACAACCGCUAUCGCUACAUCAUGACCUACCGUGAGAAGCCAUGGCUGCCUCCACCAUUCAUCUUCCUGAGUCACAUUGGGCUUCUGAUAAAGUGCAUCUUCCACCAUCAGCCCCCAAAUGAGUUGGACCAAGAGGAAGGCGACGUUGGACUAAAGCUCUACCUGAGUGAUGAGGAGUUAAAGAAACUCCAUGACUUUGAGGAACAGUGUGUAGAAGAAUAUUUUCUUGAAAAGAAUGAAAAUCUGAGUUCCAGUGGUAGUGAAAGGAUCCGUUUGACCACAGAAAGAGUGGAAGAGAUGUUUCAACAACUUAAAGAAGUGCAUGAGAAGGUAUUUUAUAUUAAGGAGUCUUUACUCUCCUUGGACAGCCAGCUAGGACAUUUGCAAGACCUGUCUGCCCUGACAGUGGACAUCCUGAAAGUACUUUCAGCUGUAGACACCUUGAAGGUGGAAGAAGCCUUACUGGCUGACACAAAACAUCAAACCUGUAGGAAGCUGCCCCAUAGCUGGAGCAAUGCAUUCUAUUCCAAGACCUUGAGCAGCCUGGAGGGCUUGUAUGACAAGAAAUACCACUAUUAUAGCAUGCCACCCUCCCUCUUACGGAGCUUGGUAAGGACACAGUCUCCAUCAGAGUGCAAACUCUUGAAGUCUGAGAGUAACAAUGUCGUAGAAGACAGCUCUCAAAAGGUGGAAAUAGAAACAGACACACUCACUUCAGGAGUAUCAUCUGAGACUAAGUCGACUCCUAGGUAUGGGCAGUUUUUGCUGGUGCCCCCUGACCAUCAAGGAGGGUCUUUUUCUGAGGAUGUCACCUUAAAUUUGUCCUUUUUGGACACUGCUGCCAAGUACAAGGAUGAAGCAUUCAGAGAUGACCUACAAAGUAGCAUUAUGGUUCCGCAAAACUUGCCAGGUAUCAGCUUCCUUGGGAAAGAGACAGAAGGUUACCAAUGGAGCCAGAGAGACUUUGUUAUUCAUUUGCCAUCAGAAAAGAUUAAUGCUGCAGAAGCUGCUCAUCCUCUUGCUCUCCAGCUACCGCUGGAUAUUGAAGAAAGUGCAGCAUCCCUCUGUGAUGACAGGGAAGAAAUUGAAGGUGGUUAUGUGAACUGGGGAUUCUCUGAAGGUGAUGAAAAAGGAGUUUUCAUCUCAGAUUCAAAGAAGAAAGCCCUGUACCUCCAUUCCUCCUAUGACAGGGAUAACAAUUGCCAGAAUAAUCCCACGAGGCAUGUCCAGUUAAGUGAUUCAAAGUCCUUCUCCUACAACUCUGUCAAGUCAUGUCACAGCAGCAGCAUCUCUCAGAACAGGCUGAAGCGAAGCAUAUCCUUCUGGAUCAGUCCUCCCUGGAGGGACUGGAGUUUCUGCAGAAGCAACAGCUUAUCGUCCCCUAGGAAAGAGAGAUCAGGGAAAUUCUGCAAGCCUGUAGGCGAAUCUUUAGGAUCCUGUGAGCUACACUACAGUGAGGCAACAAAAGCAAAACAGCAAAACAGAGACAGAAAGUCUGGGAGAGAAAAGAGGAAUCAAAAACCUCUUCAGGUGCCGGUGAUUAGAGUGGAUGAUUGUCCCCAGAACACUCAAGUGAACUCAGAGCCUGCAGAAAUCAAUGUCUGGGAUGAGCAAGAGAAACACAGCAAGAAUUGGCUCACUGUGUCUAAUUUCAGUCAGCUAAGUUUGGAACGUCUCCACUACAAGCACCAGAAAAUUAAAAAUCCAGACUUUGGUAGGCAUACCAUACCAUUCUGUGAUUACCUGAGGCAUUCUCGAGAGGAUUUCAGUAAUGGCGUAUUUGGAAAUAUCAAGAAAAGUAAUCUGAACAGGAACUCCUCAUUGAGAGCUCCAGAGGAAACGGACAAUAUCUUCUCCUGCUUGAAAACAUCUCAAGAUUUGCAUCUUCACUACUCAGCUGUUGAAAGAAACAACUUAAUGAGACUUGCUCAGACCAUACCGUUUACACCAGUCCAGCUCUUUGCUGGAGAGGAAGUAACAGUCUAUCAGCUAGAAGAGAGUUCACCUAUGAAUCUUGAUAAAAGCAUGUCUUCCUGGUCCCAGUGUGGCACAACUGCAAUGAUCCAAGUACUGUCACAGGAGGAGAUGGAUGGGGGUCUGCGGAGGGCCAUGAAGGUCAUUUGUACUUGGUCUGAAAGUGAUGUAUUAAAGUUGGGACAAGUAUUUAUUGUGAAGUCUUUCCUGCCAGAGGUGGUUCAAGCUUGGCAAAAGAUCUUUCACCAUGGCACAGUAUUACAUCUCUGUCUGAGGGAGAUUCAACAGCAAAGGGUUGCCCAGAAGUUAAUCUAUACCUUCAAUCAAGUGAAGCCUCCUACUAUUCCCUAUACUCCAAGGUUCCUGGAAGUUUUCCUCAUCUACUGCCAUGCAGCAAAGCAGUGGUUGACCAUCGAGAAGUACAUGACUGGUGAAUUUCAGAAAUACAACAACAAUAAUGGAGAUGAGAUUACUCCCAUCAGCUUGCUGGAAGAGCUGAUGCUGGCCUUCUCUCACUGGACCUACGUCUACACCCGUGGGGAGCUCCUGGUCCUGGAUAUGCAAGGUGUUGGGGAGAACCUUACAGAUCCAUCUGUGAUUAAACCUGAAGAUAAAAAGUCUGGAAAGAUGGUAUUUGGACCAGCAAACCUAGGAGAAGAUGCAAUAAGAAACUUCAUUGCAAAGCAUCGUUGUAAUUCUUGCUGCAGAAAGCUGAAACUUCCCGAUUUGAGAAGAAGUGGCUACGCAUUGGAAACUGCAGGUCCAGCCUUCGAAAUAGAAGUGAAAACAAGCACUGAAGAAGCUGAUGAGGCAGAUGAGCCUUCUGAGUUUGAUACACAGCUGUAAAACAGAGAGCCCAUGUGUCUGCAUACUUCAAAACCUGUUCUUUAUCACUGCCAAGGGUCCAAAAUCACAAAAUACAGGUGACUGAGUGCAGCAUCUGUCUGCACUAGCUAGACCCUAUAGACAAGGAAUGAAAAAAGUUACCUUUAUUUACUCCUCUUGUAUGCUCUUGUGCUGGCCUUUAUUGUAUAGAUUAGCAAAUCACCAGGAGCAGGUGACCCCUUACCUGGAUGAGCUCUCCCAUCAGUGCCAUUUUUGAUAAUAUGGGUCGUGUUUCCAAGUUAUGUUUUCUUAGGAAGAUGACUGUGAUGAGUUUAUUUCCAAGUGGUAGUAAUUUUUGUUUUUCUUUCUGCUCUUUAGUAAAUAAAUUAAUAUAUACACAUGCAAAUAAUUCAUUUUCAGUCAGAGCCCACUCAGCGCCAUGCUCACUUUUCUUAAGCGUAAAAGGUUCUUCAGGAAAUUGCAGAAAUACUACUUUCUCUUUAUUAAUAAUUUUAAUGCAGAGAUAAACCAAGAAUAAAUAAACCAAGUAAUGAAGUUUUGGUUUAAAGAGUAGUCAUGACAGACUGAAAAAUUUUGUAGGAACUUUGUCUUCAAGUUUUUUCACAUACCAAGAAAAAGCUGCACAAUAAAGCGGCAGAUUAUUGGACCCAAAAGCAUCGAUUUUUCUCAUUUUGGGUCGAUGAAGUUGAAUAUUCUGUGAUAUUUAAUACAAACAUCUUGAAUAUAAUCUGACUUUUAGGACUUGCCUGUCUAUAAUAUUUUAGCUUCUGAAUGUUUUAAAGUUGCAAUUGGAAGAAAGAUUUCAGAAGUCACAAAGAAUAGUAUGUUCCAUUUGGUAUUUAAUUUGUCAAUGUCAGGCUGAAUGUAGGACUGUUGUCUAACAGUCAAUUAUAUUAAUAAGUAACAGAUAUUAUACUUAUUAUAAUAAUAAGUAACAGAGCGAUUAUAUUAGGCAGCAUCCACAUUUGUUUCUUUUGAUCUCCUCUGCUUACAGCUGAAGUUCAGAAAACAAAAAAAUCAAUCUGUGCAAUAUGAUUUUUGUAGAGUAAAGACUGAAAAGAAGUUUUCAGCAGAAGUAUUUGUAACACAACUGGUGUUCUAAUACAGGUUAAACCAUUAAAAGCAACUUUGUAUUUUGGUGUUAAGUAAAAAAACUUAUGUUCAAACGUCAGUCAUUAGAAAACUUUAUACUUGAAUUAAAAAAAGAAAUCAUAUUUCCACUACAGCUGACAGUAAAUUUUAAGGUAUAAGGGAGCUUUAUAUUAUGAUCUGUGAUUUAUUAGGUAUAUUUCAUAAGUGUCUACAUAUACUGGAAGUUAAGUACGAUUUGGAAGUUACGUGUCCCCAGUUUUUAUACUGAUUAUUAUAUUGAUGUUGAAGUAAUCAGAAUUGUAAACACUCAUUGAUGUAACCAUCUACACAAUGUUUAUCUCAGAUGCUUUCAGUUUCUGAGAACAUUUAGAAGAGGUUCCUAUUGUUUUUUUUUCUUUUUAACAUAAUUUGAUAGAAAACCCCCCCCAUAUUUUUCCCUAUCAGAUUAUACUUCUCAUUUUGCAAAAUAUAUAGUUUCCUUUGGCUCUUCUUUUUGGAAGCAAGCCAAUAUAUCAGAAAACUUAGCUUGUCUGUGAAAGUGGUAGUUUGAUUACAUCUAUGUAAACUGAGAGUGAAUUUUGGUCCAUAUGCUCUAAGGUAGUAAUUCUGCUUCCUGUGGUUAUCAUUUUAAAAUCUGACUUUAGGGAGAUAUGUGCUUGCAUGAAUACAUAUAUACUUAAAAGAAAGAUCUUUCUCUCAAGGAUCUCUAACUAUUUGUCUGCCUUUGAAUUCAGUUAAGUUAAAUGACACAUAGAUAUGUCUUUAAAGUCCAAGACAAUGUAACUCCUGCCCUGAUAGUGUUUCCUGAAAUAUUGCCAUAAAUUUAGAACAAAUAUAUAUUGUGCACAAAAAAUAAACUCUAGGCCAGGCUGGGCCUGAGCACAUUUCAUUUCUUACAAGUUUUGAAGGUAUGCACAAAUCAUUUUUCAGAUGUUCUUUUCUUGGCAAUGCUCCUAUUGCCUGCAAGAGUGGGUGGCUCCUGCUUUUAUAGCAACAUUUGUGAGAAUUCUUAUGAUGUAGAGCUAGCUCAGUGUAGAUUAAUCUUAUUCCUUCUUGUCAGUAUCUGUCAAGGUAAAUACUACAUUACAGUAUGAAAUUGGGGAUCCUUGCAAGAUACUAAUCUGUGUUAAAAUGUAGUUUAUUUAAUUUUGUAGCUAUUUAAUUUUGUUCAGCUUGAAAUAUUAAGCGAAUGAAACAAGAAAAAGGCAUUUUAAAUUGUUCCACUGUAUAUUUUUAUCCUUGCACUAAUUUUUCCAAGAGUAGAGACACUAAGUUGAAGAAGUCCAGUAAUUCUGCUGACUGAUAAAUUAUUCCUCACCUUUCUUUUUGCAUUUUUUGGGAGUGCUGAUUCACAUUUCACUAAACUGUAAAUUUAGGUAUAUGAUUGAAGACCUUCCUCCCCUCCCUUUUAUAGUUCAAUAAUAAAUUACCUUGAAAAUAAUUUUAAAAAUAUUUCUUUUGAGACCUUUCUUAUUAAAAAUUCUGUACAUUCUUUAAAUUGUCUUUUGAUUUCUAAAUACUGACCUUGGAUUGAAACACAUGCCUACUGAAGACAUAAAAAAACCUCAACAGCCUUUUAAGGAGACAGCAGUAAGGCCCACUCACACUAAAAUUUGGGUUAAUUUGAAAUGAAAGAUGUGGAAGUCAGGUUCUUUCUCCAACUGCUUGAUAACUACAGUGGAAGAGGAAAUUAUGUGUGUCAAACCGAACCAUAGAUGUUUCUGAUUAUUAGCAUCAAUAUUUGUUCAUGCUGAAAAGCACAUACAGGGAUUUCUUUCAUAAUUCUGGUGGGUUCAGGGAAAAAAAAGUCCAUGUUUACUUUGUUCAAAUAAGUCAGGCAGUAAAGUUUUGAAAGAACAAAACAAAACAAAAAAUCCACCAGAGUAUUUAUAAGUUCACUUUUUAAUAUGAGCUUAAAAGAAGCUUAGUUAGGAAUUCGAUUGGGAGUAUCUACAGCAAAAUGGCUCUUUGGCAUCUGCUGCAUUGGAGAUGUAGCUUGAACAUAUGAAAAAUAUUCAGAAAUUGAAAACCUCAUACUCAGGAAGGGUUUUUUUUCUUUUAUUCAGAGUUGUGGUGUAUUUGCAGUUAUUAAUUUAUUGUUAGUGCAAUAAAAUCAAAAGGGAAAUUACACAUGUAUUUUCUAGAAAUGGACUGGUAUUUGUUGUAGUUUUGUCAGUCUAUUUUAUAUUAUUUCUAAAGAAUAAAAGAACACUUUCAUAAUGCUUCUGAUCUUGAUAAGUGUAAAAUGAAAUAAUACUUCUGAGCACUGAGGGAAACAGGUGAAAGUAACUUACAGAGAAUAAUGCAGUUAUUUUUAUCUUUAAUCUCAAAGCAAUAAAAAUCUAUUCUAUAUUUA